AGGACGGCGUCCCGUGGGACGACGCCGUCCGCAAGGGCCUCGCGGCGAUGGUGCGGCAGGGCCUGACGCCGCGGAUCGACAUCGCCGCCGACGAGGGCCCAGGCCUCGCCGAGAGCGGGUGCUCCGCGGAGACGGACGGCCUUUGGUACGGCUGCGUCGCGAUGAGCCGGCGCUGGGAUACGAGCGUGAUCCCGCAGGCCCUCGUCCGCGCGGCCCCGCCGGAGGAGCAGCUGGACAUGACGCUGAAGAAGCUCGACACCUGCCACCGCCUCGCCCCCGACGCCUCCCUGCGCGUGCUCGGCGUGCGGAGCGGGCAGUCUGCGGACGCCGUGGUGAUCCCCGCGCGCACCGCGAAGACGUGCUCGCUGGUCUGGCGCCCCGGCGAGGGCGUCAUGUGGACGGCCGAGGCCACGGCGCUCUACUGCGCGACCACGCCGGGGAGCUGCACCACGACGCCGUGCGAGUGCAAGCGGGCGUCCGACCGGAGGCUGGAGCUGCGCACGGCGCAGGGGCGGCGCUGCUGGGCCUGCGCCGAGGCCGGCCACGAGCACAGCUUCCGCGUGAGCGCGCUGGCGGAGAAGAUGGAGGGCACCGGGUUGCGCGUAAGCGAAAAGGAGAGGGUGCGAAGUGACUGGUACUGCAAGGACUGUACGGUCAAGUGGGGCUCUCAGAAGGGCAAGCGCGUGUGCAACCUGGGCAUUCAUCUUCAUUGUAAGCAGUGUCAGAUGCACAAGCGCAACGUCUUCGGUGGGAAUAAGGAAAGUGGACCCCCCAGCAAACACUCAACAACUAAGGCUGCCCCGACCACGCCCUGGGAGACUAAACGUGUCAUUCAGCAGCUGGAGGCAAAUAUCACUGAGUUGCGUGCUCAACUACGUGAACGACAGCUUCCACUGCAGUCUUGCUCCGAGCAAGUCGAGCCCACGGUGGAAGUUGAUGACCAGGACGAUGACUCCUUGGACAGGCAGCUCGCAGUUUUGGACACAAAGUUGCAGAAGCUCCCUGAGGCUCUGGUCAAAGAAAUACCUGAGUUGGCAAAUGCCAGAAAGGAGCUGGUGGCACAGCGGGACAAACUUCAGCUGGAAAGACGAGAACGUAAGCCUGUUGGUGUGCAGAUCAACGAGGUCAAUCGCAAGCUCUACCAGCUGGAUCAGAAGAUUCAAAAAGCUGAGGCCGCGGCCGACCAGAGGCAGACGCAACUCAAGCUGCUGCAGGAGGCAAUCGAGGAAGACCAGACCAACCUGGUAACCUCCUACCUCGGCAAGUGGAUGCGGCCGCUGGGGUAUCAGACAUGGUGGUGGAACCAGAGGUACCUGCAGAUACCCUUCCUAGUCUCCGUGAGGACUCCAGAGCUCUCGGCGUCCUUGGAUUGCCUGCUCGGCCUAACGAUGAUGGAGAUCAGGCUGUUGAUGUUUUGCAGGAGGGAGAACAUGGGCCAGGUCAAGGUAGCCUGUCAGUACCAGGCCUACCGCUACAUCGUGAUACCCGUGGCGGGAUGGCUUACUACGGUCAAUGUCACGGGCGCUGGCUCACUUAUUGGUUAUUUGUCUCAGGAACCAGAAGGCAAGGUGUUCGCGAUCGGCUGUUAUCCGUACAAAGACAGGUUCGAGGCCUAG